AAUAGCAGGAUAUAAAACGUCAACACAUCCCUCUGUGAGUAACUCUUCCGCCGGCUCGUGCGUGAUUUGAAAACACACCCGUUGUUGUGGGCCUUCACCAUGAAGCACUGCAUGCUGCUGCCUCUGUUGUUGGCGCUGGGAUGCAUGUACGUCCGCGCCGCACCGAUGGCACAUGAAGGCGUUGAGGAGGGGUCAUGUGAAGACGCGUCGGCAAUAGGAGCUGCAGGACUCGCUAUCACCAAGAUCAACCAGGACCGGGUGGAGGGCUACGUCUUCGGCCUGCACCGUCUGUCCAAUGUGCACGUGAAAAGACACGGACAGAGCGGCACGGUUUUCUACCUGACUCUGGAUGUUGUGGAGACCAACUGCAGCGUUCUCAGCAAGAAGGACUGGAAGGCCUGCGAGGCUCGUCCCACCCAUGACACACCGGUAUAUGGACAGUGCAAAGCUGCCAUCUACAUCAGUAAGGUGCACAGAGUGGUGCGUCUUUAUAAGUACGACUGUGUUAUCAGACCAGUUCCUGCAGGCAGGGUACCAAUGUGUGCCGGCUGUGCGUCUCCUUUGGGCCUGGAACACGCUGAGGUUCAGAAAGCAGUGACUCUCUCGCUGGACAAGUUCAACCGUCAGAGCGAGUUGCCCAAUCGUUUCUCUCUCCUCAAAGUCCAGCGUGCUCGAGGCGGGGUCGCCACUGGGAUGUACUACAUUGUAGAGUACACCAUCCAGGAGACCAACUGCACCAAAAGCGCAGCAGCAACUGAUGACUGCCCCCACAUAGAGUGGGAAUCUGCUCACAAGGGCUUCUGCAAGGCAUCCAUCUACCACAGUCUCACUGGUGAGGCUGGUGAAUCAGAUGUACAUUGUGACAUCUAUGAGCCUGAGGCCGCUGAACCAAAGAAGAAACAUCAUACCUUGGGCGGAGCGAUCGGCCACAGAGACACACACGCUCACAGCCACGACCAUGACGGAGCACACGCACACGACCACGACCACGACCAUCAAGGAGCACGCGCAGACGCACACGACCACGACCACGCCAAGAGCCACACACAUCACAGCACCACCCAGAAGCACGCUGGAGACAGCGGUCACCACCACACACACGACCACGAGGUGGGAAGCGGCCACGGGCACGCUCACAACCACUCCCACGAGCACGGGCCUGGCCAUGAUCACGUGCACUUUCAUCAUGGCAAGGCCCACAACCACAGCCACGGGCCGCCCCACCGUUACAAUCGCCGCUUAUAUACGACGAGAGCCCACGACCACCCAAUAGGCGCGGUGAGAAUUUUGCCCGACAUGGACCAGCCCAUGACCCUGCCUUCUUUCCCUGACACCCCCGUGGGUGGGCCUGCAGUGGGAGUCACCCUGCCCCUCAAGCCAGACCCCCAGGUGCCCGGACAGACGGAACCCACCAUCAGGCCCUUCCCCAAGGCGAUCUCAGCUAGUUGCGUCCCGGCGCCGAGGGGAGACAGCCUGGUGGAGAAAGUCUUCGCUGAGGACCCUAUGUUCAAACCCGCUGCAUGAGGUGGUCCAUUGAAAUUCACUUAGAAAGAAUGGAUGUUUAAACAUAUAAGAACAUAAAAAAGGGCAAGCAGGAGAAUAUAUGCAGUAACAGUUUUGCCUCAGACACAGUGAUGGACCAUGUUACGCAACUGCUUAUUUUGGUUAUUCUUUGCGGAUGGUCAAAUAUGAACUCUGUUUAUUUCAACCUUCUGUUGGUCAUACAUUCAGGAAGAAGACAAAAUUCCAUAAAUUGCUCAUUGUUUCUACCAUCUCUACAGAAACAACUGUAAACUGUAAAAAUGUACCAAUAAAAGGCAACGUUCAAUUCUGGAGACAAACAUGAAUGUUUUCUGUGUUUGUAUGUUUUUUCUGCUUAGUUGCACCAAAACAAAUAAAUGACACCACACAUUCGUGUGUUGAUUCAAUGCA